GAUGAUAUCUGCUAACAGAUUUCCUUUGUUUCUUCUAUUAUUAUGGAUACGUACAUCAGAAUGUAACGGCGGGAAUUAUAUAUUCCUACUACCUAAAACUGUAAGACCGAGUGUGGAUUAUAUAUUUUCUGCCCAAAAUCUGGGAACAGAGCCAAUUCAGAUAACAACAACACUGGAGGAUCGAUAUGGUAUUAUAUGGGCUUCAAGAGAGGAUGAGUUGAAUACAACAAAACGAGUAAUGCUUAAGCCCCCGUCUAACUUGACAUCAACGACUAGUAGCUACCAUUAUAGAUUGAGAAUACAAGGAACGGGCGGAGCAACUUUUAACAAAUAUUCUAACUUGUACUUUAAAAAAGACAACAUGGUUAUUAUAAUACAGACAGAUAAGAAAGUUUACAAACCAAGUCAAACAGUUAAAUACAGAAUAUUUGCUGUUCGUCCCGAUUUAACGACGUCUAGGGAAGUAUUUGAUGUUACAAUUGAGGAUCCAAGAAAAAAUAAAGUUGUGAAGUUUGAAAGUAAUGGAGACAUCUAUGGCGUUGUUGAAGGCGAAUUUUCUUUGACCUCUGAACCCUUAUUUGGUGAUUGGAUAAUUACCGUAAGAACUCAUGGUGUAACGGAAUCAACACGUUUUAGCAUUGACAGAUAUGUACUACCAAGAGCUGAAGCCACUGUAACUUUGCCGUCAUAUAUGGUAAUAACAGACCAAAGUGUUAAAGUAAAGGUAUCAGGAAAGUACACACACGGAAAACCACUUCAAGGAUCGGCUACUUUGCGAUUAAAAGUCGAUAGAUUUUACAUAACUUACAGAUACGUAAAAGACAACGUAACAAACCGAUAUGUAAGAAUACCAACAAACACCCAGCCCAUUUUAGAGUAUAAUUUAACAUUAAUUGAUGGAGAAGCUAGUGUUACAGUGAGUUUAAAUGAAUUAAAGACCAUUGCCUAUUCAUCAAGUUUAUACUACAGGACGUUAGUGGCCCAGGUCAAUGUAACAGACAUAGAGACAACCACUGUCUAUAAAUCUAAAGAAGCAGAGAGCGACUUUAAAAAUACAAGAGAAGUUAUAAAGUUUGCUAUGAGUCCACAGAACUUUAAAAUAGGGGUUAAAAACUCUUAUUACAUUGAAAUUUUGGAUCAAGAUGGAAAACCACUGGUUGGUGAAAUUGGAAAUGUAACUAUUACAGCCAGAUAUAAAACAGAGGACGAAAAAACAACUACCACGACCACCACCACGACCACCACCACGACCACUGCCAUUCCUCAACCUAGUCAAACCAUAUACAAUGGGACUGGACCAACACCUUUCCAAACACUCACGACACCACCUCCCUUGACCUCCCCACCGCCCAUACCUUACUAUGGUUACUAUAGAUGGUGGAAUUAUGGACGGCCAAGUUGUACAGUACCAACAUACUCGUGGACUUAUUUACCAACCCAAAAUUUAAAUCUUCCUCCAAGUGGGUUGCUAAAGUUCGAUAUAAAAGUGGACAACUCUGCAGCCCUGGAGCUUAUAUUAGAGGCUACAUAUAAUGAAGAUUCCAGGUUAAAAACGUCAAGAACAUUAAAAGUCACCCGAUCACCAAGUAAUACCUUUCUUUCUGUUCAGCUUCUGACUCUUAAUCCAAAGGUCAACGAGUAUGCAGAUUUUGAAGUAUCUUCCAAUAUUGAGUUUUCCAGUAUUUAUUAUUUUGCUAUGGCAAAGGGUCAAAUUGAAUACACAAAUAGAAAAGGUUAUUACAGAGCCGAAAAGACACAAAUUCUUAAAUUGAGAAUCUUACCAAAUUUCGCUCCAAAUGUUCGAAUAGUGGUUUACUUUGAGACUACUAAUAGUGAAAUUGUCGCUGAUGCCAUAACAUUUAGUGUUGAAGGAAUAUUUAAAAACAAGGUAUCAAUUGAAUUCGACAAACUGAAAGCUGAACCAAGAGACAACGCCACUCUAUCUGUAAAAACACAGCCAUAUUCCAAUGUUUAUGCCUUGGCAGUAGAUAAAAGUACGACAUUGUUGGGUGCUACACAAGAUGAAAUGUCCGAAGAGGUUGUAGAAUUUAUGGGCAGUUUAGACACGGGAUCUAUACCAACAUAUGGUAAUUGGGAUUAUAUGCCAUGGCUCCGUAAGAAACGAUCAGCAACCAAGAGAUCUGGUAGAACAAAGAGAAGUCCAUAUUACUACUAUCCUAUAUUUACACCUGGAACAGAUGUAGAUGAUAUACUAAAGUAUAAUGGUAUUAAUGUGAUUACCGAUGCUCUGAUAUAUAAAUAUUAUGCUGAGCCAACAACACCAUGUUACCCGUACGGCCUUCCAGUCCCAGGACAAUUUGCCUCACUACCACAACCCGGAACCAUGGCCACAGCACCACCUCCCGCGACAUCCGAACCACCACCAUCUGGUGAAUUACCUCCAAAAUCACCAGAACCAUGGGAGGAUUCGCUGAAAGAGAGGUCGUUCUUUCCUGAAACCUGGAUCUGGGAAACGAAAAUAGCAUCUUUCGAUGGAUUUGCCAACUUUUCACUGAUUGUUCCUGACACUAUUACUUCAUGGUUAGCCCAUGCCUUUGCUGUUCAUCCAUCAACAUAUUAUGGAGUUGGGUUUACAAAAGAAUUAGCAUCGUUAGAAGUUUAUAGAGAUUUCUUCGUGACCUUAAACCUACCCUAUUCAAUUAUCCGAGGAGAAGAAGUUCUUAUUCAAGCCAUUGUCUUUAAUUAUCUAAAUGUAGAUAUUCAGGCAACAGUAUCAUUGGAGAAACCAAAAGGCUAUGUUAUAAGAAAGCUUAAUGCUGAGGGUUAUUUUAUUGACAGUACUGAAGAAGAAGUCCGGACCAUUCAGAUACUUAAAGACAAAACAGCGUCAGUCUAUUUUGCAAUAAAAGCUGUUGAUUUAGGAAGCCUGGAUAUUCAAGUGUUUGCCAAGAGCGCUGAUCACCAAGCCGGGGAUAGACUAGUAAAACCUUUAUUAGUUGAAGCUGAAGGGGUACCAUCAGAAUAUUCAGAAACAAUGCUGAUUAAUCUAGUCGGUGAAACUACACAAACAGUUGAAGAGAAAUUUAGUCUGUCUUUCCCAAAUAAUUAUGUUGCCGGUUCGCAGAGAAUAGUACUUACCGCUUAUGGUGAUAUAAUGGCCAGUCCUUUAAAUAAUUUGGAUCGAUUAAUCAAGAUGCCUUAUGGGUGUGGUGAACAGAAUAUGAUUAAUUUUGUACCAAACAUCUAUGUCCGUAAAUAUCUGGACGUUGUUGGUGGUUUGACAUCAGAGAUACAAAGUAAAACAGAUAAGCACAUGCAAGCAGGUUAUUCAAGAGAAAUGAAGUAUAGAAGACGAGAUGGUUCCUUUAGUGCCUUUGGGGAUCAGGAUACAUAUGGAAGCCAAUGGUUAACUGCUUAUGUACUCCAUUCCUUUGUGGCUGCCAAACCAUACAUUUAUAUUGAUGAUACUGUCCUUAGAUCAGCCGCCAUUUUUUUGAUAGGCAAUCAGAAUUAUACCGGAAUAUAUAUAGAACCAGGGAGGACCAUCCACAGAGAAUUUGGAGAAUCUACAAGUGGUAUAGCAUUGACUGCUUUUACUGUCAUUGCUUUGAGUGAAGCAAAGACUAUUUCAGGAGUUCCUGCAAGUAUAUCAAAAGCUGUAAACAUUCUAGCUACAGAAUCUGUAACCAUGACCAGUGUGUUUGAUCUGGCUAUCACAGCUUAUUCAUUUAUAACAUCCGGUCAUACUAUGUCAUUCGUUGGUGAUAUUAUGGUAAAAUUAGAAAGUCUCAAAACGACCGAGGGAGCCACGGCAUUUUGGGAGGUUACAUCGCCGAAUCAACCAUCUUAUUAUUGGUCACGGCCAUCUAAACGAUUUAACGCGGCAACAAUAGAAUGUACGGCUUAUGUGUUAUUGGUAUAUGCUCAUAAUAAAGACUUAGUGAAGGGUAUCCCUGUCAUGAAUUGGUUAAUACAGCAACAAACCGGCAAUGGUGGAUUUCGUAGUACACGGGAUACUGUUGUAGCUCUUCAUGCACUGUCAGAAUUUUCUACAUUAAUUUAUGGAAACACGUUAGAUGUAUCUUUGACAAUAACUGCUUGUAAAGAUGUUUAUAAUUGGAGAAUCACCAAACAAAAUGCUAUGAUACAGAGAAAGGCUGUUUUGAAGGAGACGUCAGAAACGAUUACUGUCCAGGCUACCGGUCAAGGGAGAGUGCUUUUGACGGCACUGGUAAAAUAUAAUGCAGAAGAUAUCGAGGCUGAAACAGCUUUCUUAGCGCGAGUUAAGGUUCUUGAAGAAACAACUUUACUCCUUAGAUUACAAGUUUGUACAGAGUACACUGUUGAAGGGUCAUCCAGUGGUAUGGCGAUAAUGGAAGUAGGAAUUGUCAGUGGUUUUACCUUAGAUAGUGGUAACCUAGCAGCACAGACAGAGAUUAAACGGUUUGAGUUGGGAUUCAGAAAUGUGAUUUUAUAUUUUGAUGAGAUAACCAACAACUCUACCUGUGUUGACAUCAAUCUGAAAAGAUCAGAUAAAGUGGGAAAAGUUAAGCCAGCUUUUGUUAAAGUUUAUGAUUAUUAUGAUCCUGAUAAUUCUGUGACUGUGUUUUAUCAAGCUGCUAAAGCUAGUCAGAUGGAAGUUUGUGAUUCGUGUACAGAUACCUGUGAUAUUUGUAAUGAGGCAAACCUCAGAAGGCGAAGACGAUAAAAAUAUUUACAAAGAAAUGGCGUACAACUGAUGACAUUAUUUGAAAUAAAUAAUAUGAUACGA